AUGUCGAAUAUAUCAAGUGAAAGUAGUCCAGCUGUACCUAGUUGUAAAGAACUAGAAGUAGUACUUACAAUUUUACAUUUCAACGAUGCAUACGAAAUAGAGGCUAGAUCCGAGGAACCUGUUGGCGGCGCUGCGAGGUUUGCCACUGCUAUGAAAGAAUUCCAGGCAUUGAAUCCAUUUGUGGUUUUCAGUGGUGACUGUCUGAACCCUUCCGUACUUAGUACAAUCACAAAAGGAAAGCACAUGGUUGAUAUUCUCAAUAAAUUAGGAGUCCAUUGCGCUGUGUAUGGCAACCAUGAGUUUGAUUUUGGAGUGGAUGUCUUGGAGGAGCUGACUCCACAGAUGACCUUCCCCUGGUUUCUCAGCAAUGUCUAUGACAGGUUUACCAAUAAAACCCUGGGGCACGGUUUGGUGAGCAAUAUCCUGGAGUGGAAUGGUCAGAAAAUUGGCCUGAUGGGUCUAGUGGAGGAGGAUUGGCUGGACACUCUGGGAACUGUAGACAGAAACAACAUCAUCUAUGUUGACUACGUAGAGACUGCCAAUUCACUUUCUGCAGAACUCAGAGAGCAGGGAGCCAAACUGGUCAUUGCACUUACACACAUGAGAUGGCAUAAUGACAUCAGGUUGGCGUCAGAAUCCAGGGGUCUGGAUCUCAUUCUCGGGGGCCAUGAUCAUGAGUAUGGAGUUCUGGAGGUGAAUGGGAUACUGAUAGUAAAAAGUGGUUCUGAGUUUAGAUAUAUGUCAAAAAUUGAUGUUGUCAGGGACCAUGACAUGACUUUUAAAUAUAGUUGCCAUAAGAUCUCAACCAUGAAACACCUGGAGGAAGACAAUGAGAUCAAGCAGAUUGUGAAUGGAUACACCAACAACAUUCAGCAUGUGCUAGGAGAGGUCAUCUGUCACAUGGACAUUGAACUAGAUGGACGCUGUGCCACAGUGAGGCGAGGGGAGUGCAACAUAGGAAACCUCAUCACCAAUGCUAUGCUGGAGGCCACCCAUGCCGAGGUGGCUCUUCUCAACUCAGGUACUCUGCGGUCAGACCGUAUCCACCCAACUGGGCCCCUGACCAUGCGUGACCUGCUGCAGAUCCUACCCAUCAACGACCUAGUGUUGGUGGUGGAGGCCACCGGACAGCAGUUGUAUGAGGGCUUGGAAAACGGGGUUAGGAACUACCCAGAACUGGAUGGCAGAUUUCCACAGGUUGCAGGGAUACAAUUUGGCUUUGAUCCAAAUAAAAAACCUGGAGCGAGGGUCAUUGCUAAAACAGUAAAAGUUCAAGGGAAGAUUUUGGAUAAAGCGAGGAGGUACUUGGUGGCAAUGAAAGAAUACCUAACAAAGGGCAAAGAUGGCUAUACGAUGUUCCAAGGCUGCCCUCUGAGCUUUGAUAUUGAGAAUGCCCAAAUCCUCUCCACCAUCCUAGUCAACCACUUUGAGUCAGGCAUGAUAGUCAGAGGACUGAAGACCUGCAGGUCUGGUCAUAGAAUGGGUCUCAUUAAAGUCUCUGACAGCCCUUCAGUGUCCGCCAUUGAGAAAAGUGUGAACGAGAAGCUCCCGGGAGAAGCAGUGUCUGUGGCUGUGGUACCUGGAGUGGAGGGUAGAAUCUACCACAUCUUCACUGAGAGCCAAUCAGAAACUGAAGCUGAGGGCUAA